GUAGCAGUCGUUGUUUUUUCUCUCACAAACAAAAAACAAAAAUACUAUGACCAUACGUGACUGUGUAGGAAAAUUAAUUUUAAUAUCGUGGAAGAACCACAAGAUUCAAUUAUCCAGACCCUUGGAGGUGCUAUGGAUUGUCUUUUCGCCGGUAAUGCUGUGCUUCAUCGCUGUGGGUAUGCGACUGGUAAUGGAGGUGGAUAUGCGGGUGGACAGUGUGUACGAACCGAUCGAUCUGGAGCGCAGCUGGACGGAGCUGAUGGACAUACUAGCGGAGCGGCAGAAGAUCGCCACAGAGUACGGCAAGGAUAACAAUCCGUACAUUCCGAAGAUGGUGAUCGGCUGGGCACCCGAGCAGUUUAAUAUUUUCGGUGAGACCAUUACACAGAGCAUGGCGAAACUGCACCCACUGAAGGCGGAACAUUUCAAUGACUGCAGUCAUCUGGAAAACGUGAUGCGACGGGAGUACCUCUUCGCUGGCAUCUGUUUCGAUGAUUCGCCCUUCGAAAUGGGAUACGAUUUCGAAGAGGGAUCCCUGGUGCAAAAGGACAGCAUCCAUCCGGUGCUCAAUUACUCGAUUCUGAUCCCCAGCGAACUACGGAUAUUGAGUCAGGGCUCCUUCAUCAGCGCCAAUUGGAUGACAAACUAUGUGGACGACCAAGCCGCCACCGUGCAAGACCGUCUCGAUCGGCCCUACUGCGGCGGCUAUGUGGGCUACGUUCGCGAGGGCUUCAUCAAACUGCAGAAGGUCAUUAGCGAGACCUUCCUGGAGAUGGUCAGUACCAAGACGAUCCCCGAGAUCCAGAUGCGUCGUUUUCCCAUCAUCGGUCGAAAGCAGGAUCCCCUGUUGCUCUACCUGGAUCGGAGUCUGGCGCUGCUCUUCAUCAUUGGCUUCCUGUUUCCCUGCCAAAUUUUAAUCUAUCAAGUGGUAAGUGAGAAGCAUUCCCAGCUGCGUUUGUUCAUGAUCAACAUGAAUAUUGGGAAUACCAUACACUUUAUAUCGUGGUACAUGAAGGGUGUCUUCUAUACGCUCUUUACCUCUUUGUUGAUUACGGUGAUAUGCAAGGUACACUGGCGGAAUGACUAUGGAGUCCUCACGGAGACCCCCUGGCAUAUUCUAUUACUGAUUGUCGUUUCCUACAGUCUAGCGUCGAAUGCGUUUGCAAUGAUGAUCUCGGCGUUCUUUAAGCAUCCCUUGAAUGCCGUCCAUGUACUGACUGUCCUGUGGAUCAUCACGUACAUGCCCUUCUUUGUGCUGUGGAACAAUCCGGAGCAUGAACUGCGCAUCAUUCGCUACCUGUCCUAUGCAUUGCCCAACUGUGUGUUGGCCAAAGUGAUCGAGACGCUGGUGGAGCGAGAGCUGAUCUUCCACAAGGAGUGGUAUGACCGCGGAUUCGAGCUGAUCUUCGCCACCGAACCGAUGAGCGUCACCAAGAGCUCGUGGGUGUUCGCCGCCGCAGCAUUGGUGUACUGCAUAAUUGGCCUCUACAUGGACAUGUGGAAUGCCACCGAGAUGGCCAACAAGGGAAUGAAGCGUUCGUCGCGGGCCGGCAGCAUGCCCGAUGACUUUCAGAACGAGCGUCCGAAAAGUUUUACGCACCAGGGCACCACAAUUGGGGUGAAUUCCACCAAGAUCUACGAGGUGGAGCCCUCGCAUCGACGCUUCAAGCUGAAGAUCAGGAAACUGUGCAAGCGAUUCGGUAGCAGCGAUCACCCGGCCCUCAAUCUCUUCACAUGGAAUGUCUACGAGAACGAAGUAACCAUCCUCAUGGGCCACAAUGGCUGUGGGAAGACGACGCUGCUGCGUAUACUCGCUGGUCUGCUGAAUCCCAAUCGGGGAUCGGUCAUGAUUUCCACGCAUGACAUAGAAACGGAACGAAUGGCAGCCUCUGCGGAACUGGGUGUCGCCUUCAACGACGAUCUCCUGCUGCUCGAUCUGAGUGUCAUCGAUCACAUCCAUUUCGUUUGCCAGGUGCGAGGCAUGCACGAGCGCGGCCAGAUUGUGGCACAGGCGAAUUUCUAUAUGCAGGCGAUGAAGAUCACCCAUCUGAAGACCAGAAAGGUUAGGCAUCUCAGCGCCCCAGAGAGGUGUCUUUUCAGUGUGUGCUGCGCCUUCUUGGGGGACUGCUCUAUCGUCCUGAUCGAUGAUAUACACUCCGAUCUGGACAAGCCCACACAGUCGCUCAUCUGGGCCCUCAUCAACGAGGAGAAGUCUCGACGCACCAUUAUUCUCGUUACCAACUCCACCGCUUUGGCAGAGACAAUGGCCGAUCGUCUGGCGAUCAUGGCAAAUGGAGAGCUCAAGUGCACCGGCACUAGAACUUUUCUGAAGAAUAUGUACGGACAUGGAUAUCGAUUGACCUGUGUCAAGGGCAAGAACUGCAACGUCACUAAACUGUACACAAUGUUGAGCUCAUACAUGCCUCACCUGGCCAUUGAGAGCGAUAUUGGGCUGAAGGUGACGUUUGUCCUAGAAAACAAGUACGAGGAUCAGUUCACAUCUCUUUUGGAUGAGCUCGAGCAGAAUAUGGAGCAGCUCAAUGUCGUGAGCUUUCGCAUAAGGGACACCUCCAUGGAGGAGAUCUUUCUGCGUUUCGGGUGCGAGCAGAACGAUCAGGAGGGCGACGGGCAGAUGAUCAACAAUCAUAGCAUCGUCGUUGAGGACUACUAUGCCAUGCUGGAGGAUGUCGGGCACAAAGGAAAGCUCACCGGCCGGCGGUUGUUUGUCCUGCAUAUGUGGGCCCUUCUCUACAAGCGAUGGAUAGUGGCCCGCCGAUCAUGGAGUCUCGGGAUAGUGGAUGCCUUGGUUCUCACCGUAGCCCUUGUGUGCACCUUUUCGGCCACUCUCCUGUAUGGAAAGAACUUUAAGCUGCUCCCGCUGACGUUCAACCUCACGAGCCUGCACACCAUAGAGGCCUUUGCGGAGAUCAUCACCCAGGAGUCCAAGAAUGUGCACGGGAUGUAUGGCUUCUACACGGAGCUGCUAUACUGGUACGACGGUCAUGUCCACAUCCUCAACAAGGACAUGAACGGCAAGUCGCAUCUGCUAAAUAACAACGAGUUCUCACAGAAUGUGAAUUUCCGCCAAAUGUUUGGGGCAACAUUCAGCGAGAAGAUGGUGACGGCAUGGUUCAACAAUAUACCAUUGCAUACGGCCGCAUACAGUCUGAAUACGGUGCACAAUGCGGUGGCCAGACAAACCUUCGACGAGGAGGCCACCAUUGAUGUGACCCUGUGGCCAAUGCCCUUUCAGACGAAUCUCAAUACCUUUACCCAGUCACCGCUCAGUUUGGGCAGCCUUCUGGCCAUCAACAUCACGUUCGUCGUGAGCUUUGUGUGGCCGAGCAUCUCGAUGUUUCUCAUUCGGGAGCGGGCCAGUACGAUGAAGAAGCAACAGUUACUAGCUGGCGCAAGGCUUCACACCUUCUGGCUGUGCUAUAUACUCUUCGAUUUAAUGCUGCUGUCGGUUCUGGUGAUCUGCGUGAUCAUCUGUGUGGCCGGCUACGUGCAUCCACAUCAUGAUGUUCUCUUUUACUUUUACCUUUCCGUGACACUCGGCCUCUUGGGUCUGGCAGUGAUGUUGAGCACCUAUCUGGUAUCGGAGCUAAUUCGUGAUCCCCUGCAUGGCUUUGUGCUUAUCUGCGUAUGGAAUUCCUUGGGUAUUCUCUUGUUCAAUAUUGUGGUAUCGAAUGAUAUAGGGAAUCUCCCGGAUUGGUUUCAAUAUCACAUACAAUAUACUUCUGCCGAAAUGGUCUUCAAAUUGUUCAUGAUACACGAGUAUAAACUGUACUGCAGUGAUCCGGAUGUGAAAUUUGUAUCCACCAAGGUCCUACAUUGCAAUAGCCUACCCAAUUGUUGCACUACCUAUCACUACCUUAUGAAGGACCUUGGCAUCGCCUUCGAGUUCUCAAUGAUGAUGCUGAACAUUCUACUGCUUGUGAUCUUCCUUGAAGCCACGGAAUUCUACACAGUCCUCGCCUAUGGCUUCUGCAGACACAGAAUUCCCGAAGAGUGUCGCAUUCCGGAGGACACUUCGUCCAGGCCCACUCUCAAAGAUGCCCCGGCUGUGGAUGCCUCUGUCAUCACAGAGAGGCAUCACAUUGACCAAAUGAAACAGUCGGAUCGGGAGGAGUACUCCCUAAUCAUCCGAAGUUUGGGAAAGCGCCACAAGAAGCGUUAUAUCAUCGAGGGACUAAAUCUGCGCAUAGGCAAAACCGAAUGUGUCUCCCUCAAUGGCUACAACACUUCUGGAAAGACGACCCUCCUGAAGCUCCUGGUGCAUGAAACGCGCGCCACUUGUGGACGCAUUUGGGUCGGGGGCUACUCCAUGGCCCGUCAGCGCGUCCAAUGCUAUCGCCGGCUGGGCUACUGUCCGCAGAACGACACCCUGCCUGGAGAGUUCACACCCAUGGAGCUGAUGUACAUCCAGGCCCUGCUUCAGGGUCAUUACCGCCAUACGGCCAAAGAGGUGAGCGAGGGCCUGAUACGGAUGAUGGGUCUCCAGAGCUGCUGCAAUCUGCCCAUUCAGUUCUGCACCACGGGCCAGUGGCGCCGCCUGCACUUCGCCCUGGCCAUUCUGGGCUCUCCGGCAUUCAUCUGCGUGGACGGGGUGCCGGCGGGCAUCGAUCCGGCGGGCAAGAGAACGAUAUUCACCAUCACCGCGUUCAUGCAGUCGCGUGGCAGUAGCUUUCUGUACACCAGCCUCUUGCCGCUGGACAGCGAGCGGCUGUGCCACCGGACGCCCGUCCUUUACGACGGCCAGCUGUGGGCCAUCGGGUGCUAUAAGGAGCUCAGCGACAACUACAGGGACGGCUACCAGGUGGAGGUGCGAUUCAAGCGCAAGGCCAAUCCGAGUGUCAGUCUCUCGCGCAGCACAUGGAAUCGCAUCGGCCAGAUACCCAUGUCGCCGCACAAGAAGCUGUCCUCGUUCAUGGAACUCAAGUUCCACGGAGCAACGCUCCACGAUGAGCAGAGCGACUCAAUGAUCUUUCAUUUGCCAUUGGAGUCGACCUCCUUCUCCCACAUAUUCCUUAGUCUUCGCAAGGACACUUUUGAGCUCAAUAUUGAGGACUUUUUCAUCACCCGCAAUAUGGUCAUUGGCCUGCAUGUCUAUCUCUUUGAUCGCGGCAGCCGAAGGUAUACCCCUACGUCCAUUUCAAAAUAAAAAUAGAUUUGCGAUCAUUUUGGAGAAACAAAUACAUUGCUUUUGCCCUACAAUAAUCGCGUAAAGAACUUGCUAAUAGAAACAAAAUAAACAGAAGUUUAGCGAACUGCAAAGAUCAAUAAAAGAUAGUUCUAUUCAGCGCCGAUAUCAAGUUGGAGAAACGAUUUUUUCAAGCUUUCAUAGGAUUUUGUAUUCGUGUCGCUACAGAGACUGUACCUGAGGAUACAUAUGUAUAACGAACCAAUGUUGAUGUUUACUGUUUAGUGGGAUAAAUUAGGCUGUUCAUCAUUAAGAUUAUCCAAAGACUGUCCAAGGUAGCACAUAGUUUCUGCCUCAGAAGGAUUCUUCUACGUUAGAGGCCCAAAUAAAGCCCAAAUACCAUUCAGAAUUAAA